GACAGUUUUUAUCCAGUAGAGGGCAGAAAACCAACAGCCAACCAGCUGAAGAAGAAGCUUAUUUCCGGAUCAACAGUCAGCUAUAGGCUGGCUUUUGUAACACGCUUAUGCAAAAGUAUUUUGUAACUGUUGGACGUUGUUGUUGUGACCCGCAGUUUGUAGUUUCUGGUGGUAGAUAAGUUACUUUUAUUAAUGUUUAUAUCCUGCAGUAUCAAACCAUACAUGAAGUUAACUGACCACACUUUAUAAUAGUGUGACAGGGGAAACAAGUUAAAAUACGGCGGUAUUUUUUUUGCCUUGUUCAAAUCCGCGUCCAGCAGCUUCUUCCCGGCACUGACAGCAGGAUGUCCCCGGUGCCUAAAGUCAGACUGUCCGGAGGUCUGGAGGUCUGCCGGGUGCUGAACGGGAUGUGGCAGGUGUCCGGGGCGCACGGAUCAGUGGAUAAUGCCAAAGCAGUUGAGGCCAUGCAAGCCUACGUAGACGCUGGUCUGACCACAUUUGAUAUGGCAGACAUUUAUGGGCCCGCAGAGGAAAUAUUUGGAAAGUUCAACAUGAAGUGGAAGUCAUCUGGGGAUGACAUCCCAGCUCUGCAGGGUCUGACGAAAUACGUACCAAGUCCAGGACCAAUGGGCCGCAAGGUGGUGGAGAAGGCGUUGCAGCGCUCCUUAACCCGUAUGCAGGUGGACAGUCUGGACUGUGUUCAGUUCCAUUGGUGGGACUAUAGAGACAAAAGAUACCUGGACGCACUGGGACACCUGUCCGACCUGCAGCAGGAGGGACUUAUACAAGAGCUCGCCCUCACUAACUUUGACACACAGAGGCUGGAGGAGAUCACCAACAGAGGCAUCCGCAUCUCAAGCAACCAGGUUCAGUACUCUUUGAUUGACCAGCGACCUGCAGCAAAGAUGGAGCACUUCUGUUUAGCCAACAACAUUAAGCUUCUUACUUACGGCACUCUGGCUGGCGGUCUACUCUCAGAGCGUUAUCUGGGGAAACCGGAGCCUACAUCGAGGGCGGAGCUCUCCACCGCCUCCCUCUCAAAGUACAAGAACAUGAUCGACUCGUGGGGUGGCUGGAGCCUUUUCCAGGACCUCCUUGUCGCCUUGGAGGCUGCUGCCAGGAGACAUGGAUGCUCGGUGGCCAGCGUGGCAACACGUUACGUGCUGGAUCGCCCGGCAGUGGGCGGGGUCAUUGUGGGCUGUCGGCUAGGCGUCGCAGGGGCGGGGCAACACAUCAGUGACAGUCUGCGUAGCUGCAGCCCCGACCUGGAGCUGUCGGUGGAAGAUCUCGACGCCAUCCAAGCAGUGACACGACGCUCCGGGGACCUCAUGGUGCUCAUAGGGGACUGCGGGGAUGAGUACAGGAGAUAAAGGGGGAGGGGGGAGUGAUUGGGUGUGACAGACGGGGUGAGGAGGAGGAGUUUAAAAAGAGAGAUGAGAAAAUCAGUUCAAAUCUCCAUUAAAAAUGUUGCCGCUUUUGUUGACUCUAAUCCAUAUUUGUUUCUUUAUACAAAGACAGCAGCUGCCGUUCUGUUCUGCAUUAUUUACAUUACAUCAUACAAUAAAAUGACCAUUCAGUAAUCCAGCUAUUACAGCUUUAAGCAUGCCUGUUCCUUUUACUUUUGUACAACCUGUGAAGAUGAUGUGUGUCAUAUAAAGUAUAAGUAUUUUACCCACGGGAUAUUUGAUGAAACACUUUCCUCAGCACAGCAGCAAAUUCUUACACUGCUGAAGUGCUUUUUAAUGUGGGAGAGAAACUUCUCAUUCAGGAUGAAAUAUAAUUGCACUGAGAUGCACAAACAGUAAUCGUGUUAAAUAUACAUGUGUAGUAAGAGAAAUGUAAGGAUCUGAACUAUAUUUUCAUGCUUUUAUGCUGUGAUUUGAUUCAGUAUUGUGUAUAUGGCGUCUCAUUGUAAUUCUGAGGGUUUUUUUGUGUUUUGAGGAGAACUUUAUGUUUAAUUUGAAUCAAAUAAAAAUCAUCUUAAGGAUUGUGUUGCAAGGGUAAAUAAAACGUUUUUUCA